GUCUAAGGGGGCGAGGCGUGGGAGGCGCGGCUAUGCAAAUCAUCCUCCUGGGACCCCGGGCAGCCCAGGUGGCGGCGCUUCAGUCCUGCUCUGUCCGGCGCCGAGGCAGGUUGGUCCUCCCGCGAUGCCUCCGCAGGAGCUGCCGCCCGUUCCCCCGCACGCUCCCCGCCGGCGCCUGCUAGAGGAGUCGGCCUCGGCGCCGCUGCGGAGCCUGGAGUGCGUGCUGCUGGGCGACGGCGCCGUGGGCAAGACCAGCCUGGCGCUCAGCUACAGCACCAACGGCUUCCCGGCGCGCUACGUGCCCACCGCCCUGGACCGCUUCUCCGCUGUGGUUCAAGUGGAUGGGUCUCCCAUCCGGCUCCAGCUGUGUGACACCGCAGGGCAGGACGAAUUUGACACGCUGCGCCAGGUCUUCUACCCAAAGGCGGACAUCCUCCUGCUGUGCUUCAGUGUAGUGGCACCCACCUCUUUCCAAAACAUUGCCGACAAGUGGUACCCUGAAGUGCGGCGCCACUGCCCCUCCACCCCGGUGCUGCUGGUGGGCACCCAGUCCGACCUGCGCCAGGACGUCAAGGUGCUGAUCGCCUUGGCCCGCCACCGAGAGAAGCCUGUGCCCCCUGGUGCUGCCCGGGCCCUCUCCGUGAAGCUGGGCAUGGUGGGCUACCUGGAGUGCUCCGCCCUCACCCAGCACAACCUCAAGGAGGUAUUCGACACGGCCAUUGCGGCGGGGCUGCGGCACCCCGAACACCCCUUGCCGAAGGCACGCAGGGGCCCCGCCAGCUGUCUCCGAACGCUCUCCAUAGCCUGGUGGAGGAAGUGCGUGUGUGUGCGGUAGCAGGUCGUUCCCCCGGCACGAGGCUGGGCUUCCUCUGGGGACGCCUAUAAGGCAUGCGGCUAUAUGAUGUGAUCCCUAUCCAGUUGACAUGGGCACAUUGUGGGACCGGAAUCUUGUUGUUUGUGCCUAUUUAGAAGUGGCGCUCCAUUGGAUGGACAAUGGGGUCAGGAGGGGCUGGCAUGCGCUCUGUGCCAAGUGGUUGAUAAUAUUGGCACCUUGGCUUUCUCAAUCCUCUAAUGACCAGAAUUUGAAUCUCAUCGUGGCAAUAUUGACAAAGGAGGUGUUUGGCUUUAGGGACCAGCGUCUUGAGCAGAAGGGAGCAACCAAAGGAGCCACAAUCUCUUUGGACAGUGGGGCGGAUUGGAGGGUUGGCAUUUGCUCUGGAUCUUGUGCCAUGUGGCUGAUCAUACUGACAAUGUAGCGCUAGAUAAUUCAUCCUGAUGAGCACUGUAUGGUUCUCAUCAGGACAACAUUUGCAAAAGUGGAGUUUGCCUUUAGGGACCAACUUCCUGGACGGAACUAAUGGAUACACAAUCUCUCUCAACUUUUGGAGGAUAACUUGUGUCGAAACCACUCCGCUCCUGUGCUUGCCCCAUGCCAACCUGAAUACCUUCCAAAUAUAUUUAUGAGAGAGGAAGAAAUUGUGCUGGGAUGACAAGGAGUUGGACUAGGUGCUCAUUGGGAUUCCUUCCAACCCUCCAGUUCUGUGGUUCUUUCCCUCCUUGUGGUCUACAGUGCAAAAUUUUCUCUUGCCUUCUCUGAAAUUUCAACUUCAGACUGUCAAAUCGAAUGUUGCAAUGAACUUAAGCAGAUUGUUUCCAGAAUUUUUGGAAACUUAUAAUAAUAAUAACCCAAGUGCCUUCCAAUUACCCAUUAAUGUAUGGCCAAUGCGUGAAUUUCAUAGGUCUUUCAUAGGCAAGGAAUACCCGGAGAUGGUUUGCCAUUACUUUCCUCUAAAACAUAAACUACAUUCCUGUGUAUUUCUGCAUUUGAAUCCUAACCUGAUCAGAUGAAACGUGGCCUUCAAUCUAGGCUGAAGAUGGGGAGAUAACUAUUGGGUAACCCAGUAAGGCAUGUCCCUGCCAUUUAUACCAUGAGAGUUUAUUCCCCCCCCCCCCCCCCCAGAUCUUUUGGACAACCUCUUUUUCAUAGGGCUUUACAUUUUCUAAAAAGUAUAUAUAAAUUUUUCCCUACAUAGGUUAAUUUGCCUGGCCUUAAUUUUCUUUGUACUGCUGGAUCUGUGCAAACCACCACUUCCCGGUUUUUAAAUUUGCUUUGAGGUUUCCAGAGGUGGAGCAGUUCUAAUUUUCCAUUGUGAGCUUCUCUUUCAGUUCUCUGUUUCUCCCUCGGAAGUGGUUGGUAUUGUUAAUAGUAGCCAGAUUCCUGGGUCGCCUAAAGCCCCAUUGCUGGCACCUUUUGCCUGGGAAAACAUGCAACAAUGCAGCUUUCUGCCUGUGAAAUUCUGAAGAAUCUUGGACUUUCUUUCUGUUCCAAUUGUUUCCAAUUCAGAAUAGAUGGCGCUGCUCAUGGGAGAGUGGGAUCAGUUUGGAUGGCACCCCUUGCUGUUUGAAACCCUCCCUCCUGGAAAAAACAAUUUCAAAUGAUACGCUUGAUGAACUUCGGCAGGAAAAAAAAAAUCAAAGAGCUUUCAUGAUUCAUGAUUCCAGGAAGAAAACAUUCCUGCAACCUGAAGAAGUGCAGCGGUGUUGCAAUUUACACUGGAAUUGUUUGUUUGUUUUUUUGCCCUGUGGGGUUGAACAUUCAUUUGAUGUCUCUCCUUAUGGAAACCAUUAAAAAUAAUAAGCUAUUUAUAAUAUUCUGAAUGCAUGCUUCCAUCAUGGGCUGCUAUUGCAGGUGAGCGCUGGGUUGGGAGGUAAGGAUUUGGAGCUUCGGCAGUAGAUUGCCCUGGCAUUCAAUUCUUAUAAUAUCCUCACGUCCUGUAGAAUAAAAGGCUGCUCUAUUUUGCAGGAACAUAAAAAUGGGCCUCCUUAGGCAGGUACUUGAAGCAAUGUGGGUUUGUGAUGAUGCAUGUAUUGUAUGCUUUCAAGUUCAAUGUGUUAUUAAAGGCUUUCAUGACCAGA